AUGUCAUUCACAUUUGGUGCACCUCCUGCGACAAGACCGACUUUAUUCGGUACACCUGCAAAUACUACAACAACCACAGCACCAACUCCAAGUCCUUUUACAUUCGGUACACCAGCACCUACUACAACAGCAUCUACACUUCCUAUGUUUGGUGCGACUACAACAACAACUACUGCACCGUUUAGUUUCGCCGCACCAGCUUCCACUGCUGCACCAGUCUUUAGCUUUGGUGCUCCAACAUCAACAACUGCAGCAACUACAGCAGCAAGACCAGCUUUUACUGGAUUUGGUGCACCAGCAGCUACAUCAACACCUGGCUUCACUUUUGGUGCACCAACUACAACUUCAGCGCCAGCUCCUUUCGGAUCAUUGGGAUUUGGAACAGCAGCAACAAAUACAACCGCUCCUACAUUUACAUUAGGUGGAGGUUUAUCACAACCAUUCGGUGCUAAUACUGCUGCUGCACCAGUUCAACAAACACUUACAACAACUAAUGUAGUUCGUCCAGAUGAAAAACUUAUAACAUCAUUAACUUCACCACGUUUAUUUAAUGAUGAUCGAGAUGAACUGUUUCUUAAAUGGAAUAUUCUACAAGUAUUCUAUGGUACUGGUAAAACAUUUUGUCAUCAAGGUACCUACGAUGUUGAUGUUAAUUUACCUUAUCAUGUAUUUAAAACAUAUUCCUACAGUGUACGACCAAAAACUCGUGAUGAAGAUGGUCUUGUUGCAUUGAUAAUUAAUCAAAAAUUAGCUGAUGUUAUAAGAGAUAAAGAUAAAUGUAUUGAAUCACUUCAUCGUCUUUGUUUUAAUAAUAAUCCAAAUUGUAUUAUUGAACUUGAAGGAAUUUCACCGUUAGCUGAUGAUCGUACUCAAAUGUUAAUUGUUGUUAGUGAAAAACAACCUGGAACAUUAUUAAUUAAAAAACAGAAAGCAUCUGAUGUUGUUAAUUAUCUUCAACCACAACAACAACAACAACAAACAACAACAUUACUUGCACAACCAACUAAUCCAAACAAAACACAUUUAGAUUCUAUGGGUAUUGUUCAAAUUUUUGCAAGAACUGAUUUAAGUGAUCAAGAUUAUAAACAAUAUCUUGAUUCAAUACCACCAGGUCUAACGGCAUUCGUAUGGGAGCAAGCAAAAAAAGAAAAUCCUAAACCACAAUUACUCCUACCUGUACCACUUGUUGGUGUUAAAGCAUUACGUGAUCGUAUGAAAUGCCAAUUUAUUGAGCAUGAAGAUCAAAAACAACAACUUGAGAAUAUUCGUCAACAAUUACGAGGUGUCAAAGAUCAAUGUGAAGUAUUUCGUUUAACAAUGAAACGUUAUCAAACUAGUUUACUUGAAUAUUCACAUCGAAUUCUUAAAGCUACAAUUCAAUUUGAAUGUCGUCGUCGUCAACAUGAACCAAAAUUAACUUCAACUGAAAUUCAAAUAUGGACGAAUCUUCAUUCAUUACAAAGUCUUUCUCAAUCACCAUUAGAUAUUCGUAUAAAAGAUUUAAUUAUGAAAAUACGUAUGAAUCCAACAUUAUUAGCUCCAAUACAAUGGUCAUCAAUACUUAAUUCGAAUGAAUCAUUACGUUUUGAUAAAGAAAAAAUUGAACAAAUUAAAGAUAUUUUACAAGAAAUUCAUCGAGGAAUUAAAAAUGUUGUUGAAUUAGUACAAAAUGAUCGAACAACAUUAGGAAAAAUUGAUGAAAAAAUUUUACAAAGAAAAUAA